AUGAUCUCCACACAACCUCAAUACUACCUUGAUGAGCUCAUGAACAAGCGGCAGUCGCUAGAAUUGAGUGACAUACAGGACGAAGAUGAUCGAAAGCACAGACAGCUAAGAAAGAAGAAAAAACUCAAUUCUCGUAGAGAAGUUCGCAUUCUGUUUGACGAUGAAGAAGAUGAAUUAGUCCCCAUUCUUACCAACAAGGUGAAGGAGGUAGAAUCGAAGCUAAGCAGGUUCGGUCAACAAAGAAACGUUAAUUUGGCGCCAGAAUUGGGUUCCAGUGGUGGCCAUGAUGCGAUAAAUGUAACAGAUCCCGAAAACGAUCCGGCAAUGGUGUUGGACGAGAUCGAAUCUGAGGAUUCGCUUGCGUCCAUCCCGAAUAUCCAGAAUUUUUGUCGUGAACUCAUUGACUCAUACGAAAAGCGAAAUCUCCACGAUUUGUUUGACUCGGUAGAGACCAAUUGUGCGUUUAGGUUACUCUUGUAUGCUAUAGUGUAUGGUCAAGCAGCUUCCUGGCCAACUCCUAAUCUCUUUGUGAGGGUUCUCCACCAGCUCAACUCGCAAGUAGAUGCAGAGAAUCUCCUUCUGGCCAAGUUUAGCAAUCAAAAGAAGACUAGGUUGCCAAAAGAGAACCAGCUGCCAAAGAAGCCCCUCCAGCUUACACCAACCGUGGUCGGUGAGCUCCGAAAAGCAUUAGCUAUAACAAAAGACCACGUGCUUCUAGUUUCUACACCGCUCGAAGUUCCAGCGCAUAUCGUAAAGCUAUUCCAGUGA